AUGGCGGCGUGUGGACGUGUACGGAGGAUGUUCCGCUUGUCGGCGGUGCUGCAGCUGCUGCUCUUCGUCGCGGCCGUGGACCAGAAAUUCCCAGGCCAGAGCAUCCACAGCCAGGGCCAGGGCCAGGGCCCAGUGGCCAACUUUGUGCCUUUCGUAGGGAAGGCUGGAGGCGGCGGGCCGGCAGUUCAGCAGCUGCCUCAGUCAUCUCAGCUCCAGCAGCAGCAGCAGCAGCAGCAGGAGCAGCAACCGCCUCAGCCGCUGUUCCCGGCGGGUGGGCCUUCGGCCCGGCGGGGCGGAGCAGGGCCUGGUGGUGGCUGGAAGCUGGCAGAGGAAGAGUUCUGCAGGGAGGAUGUGACCCGUGUGUGCCCCAAGCACACCUGGAGCAACAACCUGGCGGUGCUCGAGUGCCUGCAGGACGUGAGGGAGCCUGAAAAUGAAAUUUCUUCAGAAUGCAAUCAUAUUAAAGAAUGUGCUGAUGAACCAGUUGGAAAAGGUUACUUGGUUUCCUGCUUGGUGGAUCACAGAGGCAACAUCACCGAGUAUCAGUGUCACCAGUACAUCACCAAGAUGACGGCCAUCAUUUUCAGUGAUUACCGUCUAAUCUGUGGCUUCAUGGAUGACUGCAAAAAUGACAUCAACAUCCUGAAAUGUGGCAGCAUUCGGCUUGGAGAAAAGGAUGCACACUCACAAGGUGAGGUGGUAUCAUGCUUGGAGAAAGGUCUGGUGAAAGAAGCAGAAGAAAAAGAUCCCAAGACUCAAGUCUCUGAAGUCUGCAAGAAAGCCAUUCUUCGAGUGGCUGAGCUGUCUUCAGAUGACUUUCAUUUGGACCGGCAUUUAUAUUUUGCUUGUCGAGAUGAUCGGGAACGUUUUUGUGAAAAUACACAAGCUGGUGAAGGCAGAGUGUAUAAGUGCCUCUUUAACCACAAAUUUGAAGAAUCUAUGAGUGAAAAGUGUCGAGAAGCACUCACAACCCGCCAAAAGCUGAUUGCCCAGGACUAUAAAGUCAGUUAUUCUUUGGCCAAAUCCUGUAAGAGUGACUUGAAGAAAUACCGGUGCAAUGUGGAAAACCUGCCUCGAUCCCGGGAAGCCAGGCUCUCCUACCUUCUCAUGUGUCUGGAGUCAGCUGUACACAGAGGGCGACAAGUAAGCAGUGAAUGCCAGGGGGAGAUGUUGGAUUACCGACGCAUGUUGAUGGAAGACUUUUCUCUGAGUCCUGAGAUCAUCUUGAGCUGUCGGGGAGAAAUUGAACACCACUGUUCUGGAUUACAUCGAAAAGGACGAACCCUACACUGUCUCAUGAAAGUAGUUCGAGGCGAGAAGGGAGACCUUGGAAUGAACUGCCAACAGGCGCUUCAAACGCUGAUUCAGGAAACUGACCCUGGUGCUGAUUAUCGCAUUGAUAGGGCUCUGAACGAAGCCUGUGAAUCUGUAAUACAGACGGCCUGCAAACAUAUUCGAUCUGGAGACCCAAUGAUCCUCUCGUGCCUGAUGGAACAUUUAUACACAGAGAAGAUGGUGGAAGACUGUGAACACCGUCUCUUAGAGCUGCAGUAUUUCAUCUCCCGAGAUUGGAAACUGGACCCUGUCUUAUACCGCAAGUGCCAGGGAGAUGCUUCUCGUCUUUGCCACACCCAUGGUUGGAAUGAGACCAAUGAACUCAUGAUGACGCCCGGAGCUGUGUUCUCUUGCUUAUAUAGACACGCCUACCGCACUGAGGAACAGGGAAGAAGGCUUUCACGAGAGUGCCGAGCUGAAGUCCAAAGGAUCCUGCACCAACGUGCUAUGGAUGUGAAGCUGGACCCUGCUCUCCAGGAUAAGUGCCUGAUUGACCUGGGAAAGUGGUGUAGUGAAAAAACAGAAACUGGCCAGGAGCUUGAGUGCCUCCAGGAUCAUCUCGAUGACUUGGCUGUGGAGUGCAGAGAUAUAGUCGGCAACCUCACAGAGUUAGAGUCGGAGGAUAUUCAAAUAGAAGCCUUGCUGAUGAGAGCCUGUGAGCCCAUAAUUCAGAAUUUCUGCCAUGAUGUGGCAGAUAACCAGAUCGACUCUGGAGACUUGAUGGAGUGUCUGAUACAAAACAAGCACCAGAAGGAUAUGAAUGAGAAGUGUGCCAUUGGAGUCACUCACUUCCAGCUGGUGCAGAUGAAGGAUUUUCGGUUUUCUUACAAGUUUAAAAUGGCCUGCAAGGAGGAUGUGUUGAAACUUUGCCCCAACAUAAAAAAGAAGGUGGACGUAGUGAUCUGCUUGAGCACCACUGUGCGCAACGACACUCUGCAGGAGGCCAAGGAGCACAGGGUGUCCCUCAAGUGCCGCAAGCAGCUCCGUGUGGAGGAGCUGGAAAUGACAGAAGAUAUUCGUCUGGAACCAGAUCUGUAUGAAGCCUGCAAGAGUGACAUCAAGAACUACUGUUCCGCUGUGCAGUAUGGCAAUGCUCAGAUUAUUGAAUGUCUGAAAGAAAACAAGAAGCAGCUAACUACCCGUUGCCAUCAGAAAGUAUUUAAGCUACAAGAGACUGAGAUGAUGGACCCAGAACUAGACUAUACACUCAUGAGAGUCUGCAAACAAAUGAUAAAGAGGUUCUGUCCUGAAGCAGACUCUAAAACCAUGCUACAGUGCUUAAAGCAAAAUAAAAAUAGUGAACUGAUGGAUCCCAAAUGCAAACAGAUGAUUACCAAGCGCCAGAUCACACAGAACACAGAUUAUCGCUUAAACCCUGUGCUAAGGAAAGCCUGUAAAGCUGAUAUUCCUAAAUUCUGUCAUGGAAUCUUGACUAAGGCCAAGGAUGAUUCGGAGCUAGAAGGUCAAGUCAUCUCUUGCCUCAAGCUGAGAUAUGCCGACCAGCGCCUGUCUUCAGACUGUGAGGACCAGAUCCAGAUUAUUAUCCAGGAGUCAGCUCUGGAUUACCGACUAGACCCCCAGCUCCAGCUGCACUGCUCAGAAGAGAUCUCUAGUCUUUGUGCCGAGGAAGCAGCAGCCCAAGAGCAGACAGGUCAAGUGGAAGAGUGCCUCAAAGUUAACUUGCUCAAAAUCAAAACGGAAAUGUGUAAAAAGGAAGUAUUAAACAUGCUGAAGGAAAGCAAAGCUGAUAUCUUUGUGGACCCAGUUCUUCAUACAGCUUGUGCCCUGGACAUCAAGCACCACUGUGCCGCCAUUACCCCUGGUCGAGGGCGUCAAAUGUCCUGCCUCAUGGAGGCUCUGGAAGACAAGCGAGUGAGGUUACAGCCUGAGUGCAAAAAGCGCCUCAACGACCGCAUUGAGAUGUGGAGUUACGCAGCAAAGGUGGCACCGGCAGAUGGCUUCUCUGAUCUUGCCAUGCAAGUGAUGACAUCCCCGUCCAAGAACUACAUUCUCUCUGUGAUCAGUGGGAGCAUCUGCAUCUUGUUCCUGAUUGGCCUGAUGUGUGGACGGAUCACCAAGCGAGUGACACGAGAGCUCAAGGACAGGUAG